GAGGAUCUCAUGUGAUAAACUGGCCGCGCUCAGUAAAUUCCUUGCACCGGCCGGAACAGGUUGCUUUCUCUUAGUCGGAGGACCAAGGCGCGUUUCUAAUUCCCUCUCCUCUCUUCCUUCUCGGGAAAGCCUCGGAAGGGCAGCAUGGACCUGGGGGUGAUGGUUUCCAAGAGCGUGCUGCUGUUUAUCAGCUUCAUCUUCUGGGGUGCAGCAGCCGGACUCCUGUACGUCGGCGCACACAUCCUCAACGCUUACAAGGAAUACGACUCUUUUCUUCAGAACCGAGAUGCUCUUUUGCCCCCCAUCAUUAUCAUUGGGGUUGCUCUGGUCAUGCUGGUCAUUGGCAUACUUGGCUGCUCUGCCACCCUCCGUGAAUCCAAGAUUGGCCUAGGAGUGUUCUUGGUCAUCAUCCUGCUGAUCUUCACGGCAGAAAUAGCCGUCUUUGUGCUUGGAUUUAUUUUCAAAGGAAAGAUAGCAGCCGAGUUCCAUGACUCUCUGUCGGAAUCCUUUGCAGCCUACAAUGGAGAAUCAGAAAACUCUCAUAGUGUAGAUUACCUGCAGCGGGAGCUUCAGUGUUGCGGAGUCCAAAACUACACCGAUUGGAUUGGUACCCAGUGGUUCAACACUGCAGGCAACCACACUGUUCCUCUCAGCUGCUGCAAGCAAGGCCCGGCUAUAAAGAAUUGCACAGGACGACUAAGUGAGAAGGAGCUUCUCAACACACAAGGCUGUGAAAAGGUGGUGGAUCUACGUGACCUGUUCAACUACGCGAUGCUCGUUGUCUUAGCUUUUGCCAUUGUGAAGUUUUUUGGAAUGCUUGGGAUCUGCGUGUUGGCCUGCAAGAAGGAAAGCAGCGGGUAUCAGCCCCUGAGCACCGGGGUGUUCGCCUGACCACGAAAUGGAGGGAUUUUCCUUUUGGGAUUUCCGUAAACAAAGAUGGAAAGGUGUCUUGAGCAGAAAGCAUUAGCCCAUUUUUUAUGAAAUCCCAAAGGAGAUUACACUGGCUUUCAGAAGUCCUAUUAAAGGUGAAAUAGUUGGCAUUAA